AUGGAUUAUAUUACACGGCUUAGUAAACUUUUACUGGACAAGGGAACUAAAGCUUUAAGAGUUACUUUGGAUGAUAUUCAUAAUCCUGCUAAACUACCUGGAAUUCUUAAUGCCAAAAAGAUAGAACUUUUAAAGUUAAAGCCUCUAGUUAUCAAUGAUACCCAAUGGGAUUUACUGUUCCCUCCGACCGGUAACCCACCAGACUCAAAAACCUUUGAUGUCACAUUACUUAGUGUUCUUUUACGGAACAUCUGUGGUUUGCCCCAUCCUAAAGCAUCAAUUUGGAAAAACAUGCCUCCAGACAAGGAUAGAACCAAAGUAGCAAAUAUCACAAGAGUCAGGGUGUUCAGAAAUCAAGUUGCCCACGCGUGCCCAACCGAAAUUGAUGAAGCAAAAUUUGAGAAUUUAUGGCAAAAAAUAUCUGAGUCAUUGGUUGACCUAAAGAUUCCAAAACAAGAAAUUGAUGAUUCAAAAACCAGUCCUUUGACUACCGAAGAGGAAAUCUAUGUGCAGAAUCUUAAAAAAAUUGCCUUACAAGAAGAAGAAUCUAAAAAUAUGCUUGAUGAUCUUAUUGCAAAAGUCAAAAGGAUCGAGCAACAACUCUCACAUAAUGAAAGAAAAAUUGACAGUGUGGAGGAACAACGAUUGCGAAAAUUUGCAAAGCAAGAAUUCAGGAGUUUAAUAAGACGGAAGGUCCAGUAUUUCCACCCUGGCACAAGAGAUUGGCUACUUAAGAAAGUUGAAAGUUGGUUUACAGCAGGAGAUGAAUCAAUACUGCUGCUUAUAACUGCCGGGCCUGGUUUUGGCAAGAGCGUGUUCGCGGCAAAAUUGUGCGACCUCUUCGAAGAAAAGAACAAAUUGGCAGCCUGCCAUUUUUGCGAAUUCUUGAAUUCAAAUUUAGGAGAUCCUGUGAUGUUGCUUGAGUCUCUCGCAAGUCAAAUGUGUGAAAAUGUCCCGGGUUAUAAAGAAAAGCUUCUCGAUCAACUAAGGCGACACAAUGAAACAGGUAAUCUUAAUGAAACGUUUCAAAUUUAUUUACAAAAUCCACUUGAUGAUUUGAAAGGAGAAACCAGAUUGAUUGUAAUCGAUGGAUUGAAUGAAAGAGCAAGCGAUGAUAAAAACAAAAUGGCGAACUUGAUUGCUCGCAAAUUUCCAUGUCUUUCAAAGUGUGUGAAAAUCCUGGUGACCAGCAGACCUGAGCGUGAUCUACAAACACUGAACUGCAUUCAAAUUGUUCGAAUUGAGGAGUACAAGGAGGAGAAUAACUCAGAUCUUCUACAAUAUUUAAACGAUUGCCUUCCCAGUCUUGCAGCCAAAGAUGAAAUUGAUGCACCAAAGCAUGAUCAUCACCAUUCUAUCUUCCUUUCCGCUAUUGUUGAAAAGUGCGAAGGUUCGUUUCAGUAUGCGUUUCAUGCUCAGGACGAGUUAGGAAAACGCAAGGAUCUUGAUACCAUGACGUUCGAAGAGAUUUUGUCUUUUGCUCCUAAAGGAAUGGAUGUUGUGUACGAAGAAUACUUCGACUGCCUUCAGGCUGAGCUUGAAGCUGUAACGAAUGAGAAGCCUGAUCUGCUUAAGCUCCUGGAAUUGCUUGUAGCUUCCGAAACUCCAAUUCCUCUCACGUUCGUAGCUCGGGUUCUUAAUUUAGUUCCUGAUAGUGUUGAAAUGAGAAAUAUCAUUACCCAAGUAAACCGAGCCAUAUCGUGCUUGUUGUAUGUUUGGGAUGACUUGGUAACCUUUUCCCACAAUUCGAUAUAUGAUUGGCUUUUGGGAAAAGGCUAUUGCAAUCUCAAGUAUACUGUGAAAAUCAGUGAUAGCUACAACCGGUUGCGUCAAUUGUGCAUGCAAGUUGUGAGGGAAAUAGAAGACGAACUUAGAUGGGGAUACGAACCCAACAUAACAAGCGAGGUGAAGUAUGUUAUGGAUUUCAUAAAUGACUAUGAAUAUCUCAUGGCCCGGAAAACGAAGAUUGAUAAUCCGAUGCAACCACAAACCUCUCAGUCUGUAUUACGGCAACGGGAAGACGUAGAAACCAUCAAAAGUCCAGAGAAAGCUCCUAAUUUAAGCGGGAAAAGAAAAU